CAUCUAACAGUCAACUCCUACCAGCCCUUUCUUUCCACCAUUUCUCUCAAAACAACAAUUCUUCUUCAGAGCUUCAUUUUUGUUUUUAUAUCCUUAAAUCAAGAAGACCCCACAGACCAUUCUUUCUCUCUCUCAACCUCCAUUGCUGCUGCUCUUUGUGUGCUACUUCCUCCUUAAAACAACCAUUUCACAAAGAAACCUUCUCUCUGUGCCAUGGGAGUCGACAUGUCUAAUCCACCUUCUUCUCGUACCAAGGACUUCUUUGCCUCUCCUGCUCUCUCUCUUAGUCUUGCUGGAAUCUUUCGAGGCGCUAAUGCAGCAGGACCGGCGACUCCAGCGAUGGAGGUGGAGGAAGGGGAUGAAGGGAGUGGAGGAGGAGGAGAAAGAGGAAGAAGAGAAGAAACAGUUGAAGUUAGCAGCGAAAACUCAGGGCCUAUGAGAUCAAGAUCAGAUGAUGAUUUUGACGGUGAAGGUGAGCAUGAGGAUGACGAUGGCGGCGACGGUGAUGACAAGAACAAGAAGAAAAAGAGAAAGAAAUAUCAUAGGCACACCGCCGAGCAAAUUAGAGAAAUGGAAGCGCUAUUUAAAGAAUCUCCACAUCCAGAUGAAAAGCAAAGACAACAAUUAAGCAAGCAAUUAGGACUUGCCCCUAGACAAGUCAAAUUUUGGUUCCAAAAUCGCAGAACUCAAAUCAAGGCUAUACAAGAAAGACAUGAAAACUCCUUAUUGAAAACAGAAAUGGAGAAGCUUAGAGAUGAAAAUAAGGCUAUGAGGGAGACAAUCAAUAAAGCUUGCUGCCCCAACUGUGGCACUGCUACUACUAGCAGAGACACUUCCUUAACAACUGAAGAACAACAACUACGUAUCGAAAAUGCUAAACUCAAAUCCGAGGUAGAAAAACUUAGAGCAGCUCUAGGAAAGUAUCCUCCAGGGGCAGCACCCUCAUGCUCGGCCGGAAGUGAGCAAGAGAAUAGAAGUUCAUUAGAUUUUUACACUGGAAUUUUUGGGCUUGAGAAAUCAAGAAUCACGGAGAUCGCUAAUCAAGCAAUGGAAGAACUUAAUAAAAUGGCUACUGCUGGAGAACCAUUGUGGAUUAGGAGUGUUGAGACCGACCGCGAAAUCCUUAAUUAUGACGAGUAUAUAAAGGAGUUUAAUGUUGAAAAUCCAAGCAAUGGAAGAUCAAAAAAAUCCAUUGAAGUAUCUAGAGAGACUGGAGUUGUGUUUGUUGAUCUUCCAAGGCUAGUUCAAAGUUUCACGGAUGUGAAUCAAUGGAAAGAAAUGUUUCCAUGCCUGAUAUCAAAGGCAGCUACAGUGGAUGUUAUCUGCAAUGGAGAAGGUCCUAAUAGAGAUGGAGCAGUACAACUGAUGUUUGCUGAGGUACAGAUGCUUACACCAAUGGUGCCCACUAGAGAAGUAUAUUUUGUCAGAUAUUGCAAACAGCUUAGUGCAGAGCAAUGGGCAAUUGUUGAUGUUUCCAUUGACAAUGUUGAGGAUAAUAUUGAUGCCUCACUUGUUAAGUGCAGAAAACGCCCUUCUGGCUGCAUAAUUGAAGACAAAUCAAAUGGUCAUUGCAAGGUGACAUGGGUAGAGCAUUUGGAAUGCCAGAAAAGCACAGUUCAUACCAUAUAUCGCACCAUUGUUAAUACUGGUCUAGCCUUUGGUGCAAGGCAUUGGGUAGCAACAUUGCAGCUCCAAUGUGAACGUAUCGUUUUCUUCAUGGCAACAAAUGUUCCUACGAAGGAUUCAACAGGUGUUGCGACGCUAGCUGGGAGGAAAAGCAUUCUGAAACUGGCUCAGAGAAUGACAUGGAGUUUUUGUCGCGCGAUUGGAGCAUCGAGCUACCAUACAUGGAACAGGGUCACAAGCAAAACCGGAGAAGACAUAAGGAUUUCCUCCAGGAAGAACUUAAAUGACCCUGCUGAACCUCUUGGAGUGAUCUUGUGUGCAGUUUCUUCUGUAUGGUUGCCAGUCUCUCCUCAUGUCCUGUUCGAUUACUUACGAGAUGAUACGCAUAGAAAUGAGUGGGAUAUUAUGUCAAAUGGAGGCCAAGUUCAAUCUAUUGCAAACUUAGCUAAAGGGCAAGAUCGAGGCAAUGCAGUAACUAUACAAACGAUGAAAUCGAACGAGAAUAAUAUGUGGGUACUCCAAGAUUGUUGCACGAAUGCUUAUGAAUCCAUAGUAGUCUAUGCUCCGGUGGAUAUAAAUGGAAUGCAAUCUGUGAUUACUGGAUGUGAUUCAAGCAGCACAGCUAUACUACCUUCAGGAUUCGCAAUUCUUCCUGACGGACUCGAAACAAGGGCCCUCGUAAUCACUUCCAGGCGAGAGGAGAAGAGAACGGAAGGGGGAUCUUUGUUGACAGUGGCAUUCCAGAUCCUGACUAAUACAUCCCCAACAGCCAAACUGACCAUGGAAUCUGUGGAAUCUGUUAACACACUUAUAUCCUGCACGUUACGAAAUAUUAAGACAAGCCUGCAAUGUGAAGAUACUUGAUUAUUCUUAGAUUUAUUAGUUAGAUAGAUACUAAUUUAUUGUACAAGUUAUAGGUUUCCAGCUUGUUUUUUUCUCACUUUUUUUUUUCCUUGUCCCUCUAAAUUUCAAAUAUUCGAAGGUGGAAAGAGGGGUUUUUUCUCAAUUCUUUUUUUGGUUAUAAUAGUUUGCCAUAUUGUUUGCGGUUGGAGUGAAGGAGCUUUGGAGCAAGUACAUCUCUUUAAUUUGGGGAUCUGGAGGAGUGAGAGGGACAUAUGGCUCGCAAACUUGGUAAAUCCAAGAGUGAAAUAUCACCAUGUACAGUACUGAUAUUUAUCAAUGCCAUUUUGUUAUUAUUUUAA